CAUCUCUAAACGAAAGCCGAACUAAAAGGGGGAGUGACUAAAAAGUGAAAAUCAGAAAAAUCUGCUUUGAUAGUAAUUUAGACGAAAUUUGAGUGUUUAUUUCUGUUAAAAUGGAGUACGAAAGUGUUUUGAUUGUUAAGCCAGAAGUAUUUAUUUAUAAAAUCCCACCACGCGCUAGCAACAGAGGUUACAGAGCUGCAGAUUGGAAUCUUGGCGAACCCACAUGGACUGGUCGUAUGCGUUUAGUGGCAAAAGGUACAGCUUGCAACCUAAAACUGGAGGAUAAAGCAACAGGAGCGCUUUUUGCCAAUUGCCCAAUUGAUACAUAUCCAGGUGUUGCAAUAGAAGCGGUUUCGGACAGUUCGCGAUAUUUCGUAAUACGUGUACAGGAUGAUAACGGUCGCUCUGCUUUUUUGGGUCUAGGUUUUGGUGAUCGUUCGGAUUCAUUCGACUUAAAUGUAGCGCUGCAGGAUCACUUUAAGUGGGUGAAAAACCAAGAACAAAUUGAAAAAGAAAAAACAGAGCCUAAGCAGCAGCUUGAUUUGGGUUUCAAAGAAGGCGAAACCAUUAAAAUUAAUAUGAGAAUAACAAAAAAAGAUGGUUCAGAGGGCACUGCUCGCACUGGCAAAACUAAACCAUCGUCUGGUAUUUUACCUCCACCGCCAGGCGGUGUUGGAAAGAUCGCGCCACCACCAUCAACGGCCGGCGGUUCAGUGCGACAAAGUCCGGGAACUUCGCCUGCACAUAAAGCGCCUGGUGGUCCAGGCACCGAGUGGACGGAUUAUGCCUCGGCAGGUGGUCAAGGCCAGGCACAACAGCAGCAGAAUGCAACAAACGCAAAUUGGGUGCAAUUCUAAUUAGGUUUGAACAAAUAAAUAAAUACAUAUACAUAAACUCAUUCAGAGAAGCAUAAAAGUAAAUGUAUGUUCAUUAAUAACAUACUAAUGCUAGAAAGAUUUAACAACAAACAAAGAAAGUGAAACGGAAAAUUAAAAAAGCUUUUGGCCAGAAUCGUAUUGCAUAUAAUUUAUUGCAUUCAUGUUAGUAAUAUUUUACGCGGCUAUGUAUAAGUACAUGUAACACUAAUCAUACAAUAUCGACAAUUUAACGAAAUUU